CGGAGGAGUUUGACAUUUUCACAAGUCAGUGCUGCUCAUGUAAACACUCAUGUGUUCCAGGUCAUCUCCUCGAUACCUACCAGCCGCUUAAAAUUCUUGAAAUCAGCGGGCCAUGGCACCCAGAAGGAUGAGAUCCCGGACGAGGAGCUGGACGAGCUGGACGACAACGAUGAGAUCGACCACGCAGAGCGGGAGCUCCGUCGAGGCCAGAUCCUCUGGUUCAGAGGCCUCAACCGCAUCCAGACUCAGAUGGAUGUAGUGAGUGCGUUCCAGAGUGGAACUUCCUUUCAGGGGGCUCUAAGGCGGCAGGCCUCCAACUCCAGCCAACAACAGCACGAUAUCCGGGUGGUGAAUGCAUUCCGCAGCUCCAUCUCCCUCUAUGACGGGCAGGAUAAGCCCGACUCGCGGUCAUCCAUCCACAACUUCAUGAACCACCCCGAGUUCCGGAUAGAGGACUCUGAGCCCCAUAUUCCCCUCAUAGAUGACACCGACGCCGAGGACGACGCUCCUACCAAGCGCAACUCCUCCAGCCCCCGCAACACCACGCCCACGCCGCCCUCACCCACACCCUCCCACACCACCAUCGCACCCACCGUCAUCCCCGCCACGCCGGUCUCUCCCUCCCCAAACCAGAACAAUAACGCUGUGGAGAGCGGUAACCACCUCCUCCCAGAGGGCCCCAAAUCAGGAACCCCCUCGGCCCCGGGGAGCCCCCUACACAGCCUGGAGACCUCCCUUUGAUCUGACCCCCGCCACGUGUCUCCACCACCCGUCUACCCGCCACGAGGAGCUCCACGCAGACAACAGGAACGACGAACACUUGGAGAGAGAGGCGAAGGGCUAGAAGGAGAGCGUGUGUGAGCUGGCUGGACUCAGAACAGCAAACAUUCAGAGGAAUGUACGGCUUGGUGUGGAUGCUUUGGUCUUCUUCUUUUUGUUGUUCUUAUUAUUACCCCGCUGCAACACAAGGACUCUAUUGUACCCCUCCCCCCUCCCCCCUCCCUCCUUGGUCACUUUUUAUUUCUUCUCGGUAAACAAGGGGUGAUUAUAAACCCGGAUUGAAAGUGACCUGUUUUUAUUAUUCUAUUAUUAUUAUUAUUAUUUGAAUUGAGAAGGGGGGGUGCUCCUCCUGGCUUGAAGAUCGUCUGUAAGAAUUCUGAAAGAACCUUUACGCUUCUCUUUUAUCUGAAUGGUGUUGUAUAUUUAUCUCUUUGGCCCUUGCUCAUUCAAAACUUAUUUCUGCUCCAUUGGCUGUUAAUAUUUUGAGUUAUUUAUGUUUUUGGAAAAAGCAGGUCUGUUUACAAAGUUUGUAGAUACUUUUUUUCUGUUUGUAGGCAAAAGAGCUUCCUGAUGUAUGAUGCAGAAAACUGAGACAGAAUAUAAAAUGAAUGAGAGGAUUAUUUCAGAUACUGCUGUAUUUUCAGGACAAAAAGGGUGUUUCUAUUGAAACUUAACUAUUUUUGCCUGCAAGUUUUAUUUGUUAUAUAUUUGUAGAUACAUGUAGAACCUUCUAGCCAAACCGAUAAACACUAAGGCUUGUAUAGAAAAGAGGUCCACGGUUGGAGGAGUUUUCACAGGAGACGCGACGGGAAAGACAAUUCGGGCCUCUGUCCACUAACAUUGCUAUAAAUAUUCUUCCAUUUCUUCGAUAGUUUUCAUGUGCACAAAACCUUCUGGAGUUCUGGAUUCUCUUUUCAUUCAUUCUUUUGUGUUCAAGGAUUUCCACAUGUUAAAGGUUCACUCAUUAAAGGGAGUUAAGAAGAUAUCUGGGCCCAUCUUUAGCAAGCAUCUCAGACUGACACCAAUAUCAUGCUGAAACAAAGUCUUACCUCGCAGUCGGAAAUGAAGUUAUUAACCUCCUGCAGUCGCUUCAGCAGGAAGUAGAAGUUCUUUAGAUUUGUUUUGUUUUACACACUGCACCGUAAAGUAAAAUGUCUUCUUGUAGUAGUUAGAUUUAAAAGAUUUGAUGCAGGGAAAUCUCAUGGGUGUGUGGCUAAUUUAUGCAUGCAAGGCUAACAUUGAUUUUAUCCACAGCUCAUAAAACACUACUAAAAUCACCUUUUUGUUCAAAGUAUUGCUGUAUUCAGCAAGUGCUCCUAUUUAUUCUUCACUCACACUAAACUUGAAUGUGCCUUGGCUACAAAAACAAUUGAGACGAUGCAUUUCCCGCCUGCAGGUAACUCCUCAGAUAAACACUGUUACUCCUACAGCUAAGCGUAGGACCAAUCCGCUUCAUUCUGAUGGUUCUGGGCCAGUUGUGAAUCAUUCGCUCUCUGGAUGCUUGGUAAAUAUGGCCCCUGGUUAUCUUUGGUUUUUCUUUGUUUUAAACCAGUGCAUUUCAUUUUUACUUUUUGUCUAUCUCAGCAAACAUACCCCCCUGCCAAUGUAUAAUAUUAACAUUUGUUGACUCAGGCAUAGAGGAAAUAUUUAAUUUAAAAGGAAUCUAUAACAAAAGAACCUUUUUAACUUCAGACUUUGUGUAUUUAGAUAGCAAAAAAAUGUCUUGAUUAAAAAAAAAAAAAGCAAGUGAAUUAUUUUCAUAUUUCAUCAAUCUUUUGAGUCAUGCCUUAGGGAAAACUUAAUUUAACUCCUCCGAGUUCUGGUUUGUUGACAUUUAAAAACGGGGGGGGAAGGCUUCUUUUUUUGGUCUCUUUUUUUGAUUUGAACCCUGUCCAUAAGACUCCUUUCAACAUGGAUUAAUGUUGCUGCAUUUGGUUUGUUUGUAAAAUAUUUUUGACACCUGAUGUACUGGAAACGCUAAAGAAUUGGACAUGUGCAUUUUUCAAGAAUAAAGACUAGGCAUACACUGGUAUCUAUCUGCACAGGGUACUUUAUUUCAUAGCGUUCCUUGGGGAAAACAAUUUUGAUACAAAUCAUAAUAAAACGUAUACCUUUGUAUUUUUAUGACAAUACCGAUGAUACCUUUCAUCGUACUAAACCAAUUUUGGAUGAUUUGACACCAAUCACGUUAUAUGGGGAGGGUUUUGGCCACUAAAAUGUGUGUUCUGGAAUAUUCAUCUCAGGGUGCAAUCGGUGUGAAAGAGAACAGGCCUCUUUAGUUUGUAUAUUAACACGCUUAAUUAAAUGUUAAGGACGGUGCUUGUCACCCACACAGGAGCUGGGCCAGCAGGCUGCAGAUUGUCCUGCUGCCGGCUGGCCGUCUCCACCUGGAGGGCCGUGGACAGGACGUGGAGAUGUUAAAUCACAACGUUCUCUGAGGAAACACUUAGAUUGAUAUCUUUUACAGAUGAUAAAAUAGCAGCUGGGAUUGCAUACAAAGUGAGAAAUUGAAAAGGCAAGCGGAAUCCACAUGAGGAGUUUGUUCUGUAGCUUCUUCCUGUAGUGGGAAUGAAUGUUUUUCCAUCUGUUUUAUGGAUUAUUUUUUUAUCUUUUAACAUUUGGAAAUAAAAGUACUUCAUGUCUGUUUAUCUUGAGCAUUUUAAAUGGAUAUCGUGAUUGGAUUUACAUUUGAAACUUGUCGAGUAAUGUGUAUGGUUUUUAAAAAUAAAAAAUGUAUUUAGCCUAAUUGCAGGGCCAUGUUUUUCAUUUCCCAUGCAGUAUUUAUGGAGUGGAGUCAUGCAUUCAAAUGUGGUCGUCUACAUUUCUGCAAGCUAACAUCUCUGGCUUUUGUGAGAGUGAUUUUCACACAAUAAAGUAACUGUUUAAUUGA